AUGUCGGAAAUUGCCACCAGUAGUCAAUCGACAUCGACGGUUGUGUCCUCCUUGGUGGCAAACUUGGUUCUAUUUGGCUGUUUUGUCGCGGGCUAUUUGGUGUUGAGACUCAAGUUCAAUCGUAUCUACAGCCCUAAAUCCUCGUCGUUCGAUUUGGUGCCCGAGGACCAAAAACCCGAGCCGUUGCCGCGAGAUCCAAUACGAUGGAUAUUUGUCCUCUUGACGAAACCUGACUCGGUUGUUCUCCAGCAAUCGGGUCUAGAUGGGUACUUUUUCUUGAGAUAUUUGAGAACAUUUGCCUUUUUGUUCUUGUUUGGCUUAUUGAUGUGGAUCAUCCUUUUACCCAUAAAUGCGGCAAAUGGGUUGGGAAACAAAGGGUUUGACCAGUUGUCAAUUGCCAACGUCAAGGACCAUCACAGAUACUAUGCUCAUGUGUUUAUUGGGUGGAUUUGGUACGGUGCAGUGAUGUACGUCAUUUACCGCGAGUUGUUUUUUUACAAUUCGCUAAAGAAUGUUGUUUUAUCGUCGCCAAAGUAUGCCACGAAGCUCUCUUCCAAAACAGUCUUGUUCCAAGGUGUUCCAGACACUUUGUUGGACGAGAAGCAAUUGUUCAAGGUGUUUAACGGCGUGAAAAGAAUCUACGUGGCCAGGACUUCAAGAAAAUUGGAACAGAUGGUCUCGGAAAGAGCCGCAGUCGUUGCCAAGUUGGAAGCGGCAGAAAACAAAUUGUUGAAAAUGGCCGUCAAGGCAAAGAUGAAAGCAGAUAAAAAGGGAUUGCUCUUGGAACCAGCAGAUGAAAUUAGUGCUUAUGUCCCAGAAAAGAAAAGACCACGCACUAAAACCGGUGGCUUUUUUUCCAAAAAGGCAGACACGAUUAGAUGGUGUCAAGAAAGAAUCCCCAUCUUGAACCAAGAAGUGAAGCAACAGCAGAAAAAGUUUCGACACGUGAAACCGCUAAAUUCCAUUUUUGUAGAGUUUGAGUCGCAAUAUCAUGCCCAGAUUGCGUACCAAGCAACAGCGAGCCACAACCCAAUGAGGAUGGCUCCCGCGUAUAUUGGCUAUGAACCAGGCGACAUCAAUUGGAUGAAUUUGCGGAUGUUUUGGUGGGAAAGGAUCUUUAGAAGAGCAUUGUCGUUUGCUGCCAUCGUAGCUCUUAUAGUAUUCUGGGCUAUUCCCGUGGCAUUUGUCGGUGUUAUUUCCAAUUUCACCUAUUUGGCAGAUAAGCUCCCCUGGUUGAGAUGGAUCGAAAACUUGCCCUCGCAGCUCUUUGGUGUCGUGACCGGUAUUUUACCAACUGCAUUGUUGUCGCUUUUGAUGAUGUUGUUGCCCAUGAUUAUCCGGGCUUUGGCCAAGAUCUCAGGUUGCAUCUCGACCCAAACUGUUGAGCUCUACACUCAAAACGCCUAUUUCGGAUUCUUGAUGGUGAAUGGUUUCUUGGUGACCGCGUUGGCGUCAUCGGCAACUGCCACCGUGACCAAAAUCGUCGAGCAACCUACUUCGGCAAUGGGCAUCUUGGCCGACAAGUUGCCAUUGUCGUCGAAUUUCUACAUCUCGUACUUGAUUUUGCAAGGUAUGACGGUUGCCGGAGGUGCCUUGUUCCAAAUUGUGGGUUUAUUUUUGUACUACAUCUUGGGAUACUUGUUGGACAGCACAGUCCGCGACAAGUGGAACAGAUAUAAUGGUUUAGGGAGUGUGCUGUGGGGCACGGUCUUCCCCAUCUUUACUCAAUUGGCCUGCAUAACUUUGAUUUAUUCGGUUAUUUCACCAUUGAUCAUCAUCUUUGCCUGCGUUGCCUUUUUCCUCAUCUACAUUGCCUACAUGCACAAUUUGAUUUACUGUUUUGUUCCAAGUCCCGACACUAGAGGCCAACACUUUCCUCGCGCAUUGUUCCAGACCUUCACCGGUAUAUAUAUUGGCCAGGUCUGCAUGCUUGGUAUGUUUGCCGUGGGCAAAGGCUGGGGCCCAAUUGUGUUGCAAGCUAUUGGAACAGCUGCAACUGUAUUCAUUCAUAUCCAUUUGUCCCAAGCUUUCAACCAUUUGUUGAAAGUGGUACCACUAGAUGCCAUGCGAGCCCUCGACGGCAUCUCCAAUACUCCUUCAUAUAUCGGCAACUCCGAGUUCAAGUCGAAAGUUUUGGACAAGAAGCGAUACAGGAAAUACGAUGCCAAGUUUGAAAAAGAAUACCAAAAUGAGCAAGUGCGUGAACACGAAAUCCACGAGGAGCUACUCAAUGACAUCAAGAGUCACGACCCAGAGGCAAAUGUCAACGAAAUGAAGCUCUCGGUGGUGCCUUUGCUUGCAGAUCGCGAUUAUAAAACAACGGAGUCCAGUAAUCCAAUUGUCAAAUUCAUGCGGCCCGAUGUGUUUCUCAAUUUCCGCCAUGCAAAGAGAUUACUACCUGCCACAUUCAUGAUUGAACCAGAGCAGAAGGACAAUAAACACGCAUACGACGCACCAGCAAUCUCGGCCGAGUGUCCCGGUGUCUGGAUACCCAGGGAUCCUAUGAACCUAGCUGAGACUGAAAUCCGGCACUUGGAAGGAAUCGUUAGAAUCAGUGAUGAAAAUGCUGCUUUCAAUAAAAAGGGUGAAAUCGUUUUCCUCGGAAAACCACCAAAUUAG